UCUCAACUGUAAUUUUCUUGGCGUCUGAUUUUCUGAGAUUUUCUCUCUCUAAAAAGGCGGUUAUUCUCUGUCUUCUGUACAUUUAGACCUAACCCUACUUUCGCAAACCCUAAUUCUUAAUUUAACUGUAAUAGCUUACAGAGAUUCAAGGGAUCGUAAGAUCUGUAAAUUCCUUCGGUAAAUUCUAGGGUUUCUGAUCAUUCUUCGGGUUUUCUUCAACGUAAAUUUGCCUGUUUGUUGCUCUUAUUACCGUGAAACUUGGCAAAGCUUUGUUUGAUUAUGGUUCAUUUGAGUUCAGAGGUUUUGGUUUCAGCCGGUUUUGUGUAAAGAAGCUUUGGCAUUGAAGGAACUAGGGUUUCUGAGAACAGGGUAACAUUUCUGAGGGAAAUUCUGGUUUGAUUCGAGUUCAUCACUAUUGACUUUUAGAGUGUCAAAGAGCCAAAAUCUUUUAAGAUUUCAGGGAUUUCGUGGUAAUUUGCUGUCUGAUUAUAACAUUUUCUCAUCGGAUGCGACCUGGUCAGUGUCAAGUGUUGAUAAGGGGACACAACAUCUAAAGCUUUUGGGUUUUGAACGGUUUUAGUUUCUUAGUUGAUCAGGCUUUUUUUAUACACGGAGCAGAUCUGUAUCAUUUAGGGAGAUUAGCCAUGGUUUCCUCAGAAAAGCCAGACAUCAUGGGAAAUGGAAAAGUGGAUGGCUCAAAAAGUGAAAGGCAAGCCUUCGAUGAUAACAAAGAAGUCAAAUCACAAGUUUCAGAAGAUUUUACUUCAUCAAAGUGUCAUAAACAAAUUCAGUUAUCUCUGGGUUGUAGUUCUUCACAAUCCUCUUCCACACCUGAAUCAUCAGUGGAUAAUACACGGGAAAGAAUGGUUUUCAGUGAAAUUUCUCCCUCUGAUGUCGAUUCCCAUGAAGUUUCCUCAGAAAGUAAUGGCAUUCAGAGAAGUGAGAAUGAUACAGUUCAGAGAGGAAGCGGGCCUGGUCUUGCUGAUAGACUAAGGGAUAUCUUUCAGGGCCAAGGUGAUGGGGAUUUAUUGCUUCAACAAACUGAGGGGAAGAUGGUAUGUUAAGGUGGCUUCAAGCCUUGGACAUGCAGGUUCUUGGUGCUUGUCGAGCUGAUGAGAGAUUGAAGCCUAUGCUCAAGUUGAACAUCUCAAGUGGGGUUGCGGAGGAUCGGCUACUCGUGCAUUUGAGUCAGCACUUUGAUGCGUCAGAAGUUGGAAUGCUCGCACGGUGUUUAUGUGUUCCUCUGGUAUCAAUUCGUGUGGGAAAGGUUGUCAAGCAGGGUCGAUUAUUUUGCCCCAUUGCUGCAAGGGGCCACUUGAAUCUGACUUUCCUGCCUUCUUCUGAUCUUCGCAUUUCAUUUGUUGGGGAUGAUGGUUGCAUGGAGAGGCUUGCAGUAUUGAGCCCCGACGAUGAAAAUGCAGUUGCCACAAUAGAAGAAAUCCCUGCUGAUACCUCAGGAAGGUCUUUCGAAAUCAAGCUUCCAGGCAAUUCAGUCUUCUACUUUUGGCUCUCAGAGAAAUCCAAGCUCCAUGGGAACCAAUUACUCAACAAGAUGAAGGACCUGCUCAAAAGAAAGCCUUCUCUAGCUCAGCUGACCGGUAUACGAGAGUCACGCCUCAACUCUUUUGCAACAUAUCUUCGAACCUCUUUCAUCAAUUCAACUGACACAAACCCAACUUCACCUGCGAACUCCUCUUUGACUGGGCCUGUCUCUAUAGAUCAAUGCACCACCCAAACUUUCUCUAACCCUACUCUCUCAUCCCUGAAGCCUUCUUCUCGAAGGCUCACUAUUGGACAACCCUCAAAGACCUCGCCUUCACAGGGCACCCUGAGUCCUAGAACAAACACAUUUAAAGAAGCCACUCAAAAUGCCUCUUCGUUGAGAACUGGUGUUUUAGUCAGGCGAGGAGGAGAGAGAAACUCUUCUCACUCUAGCCUUCCAACACUGAGCCAGUUGCCACCACCCUCUUCCACCCCCAUAUCGAGCAACUCCACGCUGCUCUCUGAACUCAAAACCAGGACUGAAACCCUAAUAAGCCAAACGCCAUUGUUCUCUCUCUCUAGGAGUUCACCAUCUUUCGACCCACAAAGCUUCUCUCACAGCUUUCCCUCUCUUCAUCCACCCACCUCUCAAGCCCCCCGCUCUCCUUUAAGCCCUUACUAUUGCUGGUGCCCUCCAUGCCCUUCACCCCUCAAAUUUACAGUUUCGUCCCCAAACUUGCCAUCAGUUCCUUCAAAACCCUCAGCCCUACCCACCCUAUCCUCCUACUUAUCAGUGGGCCCUUCAUGCCCUCCUCUGCCUCCCCUUGAUCUGGCCGAACCAAUGGUCGGAAUCACUCCACCUCUCCCUGGGCCCCAGCAGAUUCCGACAUUCACACCAUUCAUCGCCGAUCCCAUUGUCCACAUCCCUGUGAUUGAUAUUUGCUCAUCAGGUCAGGCCUAUUUUGUGAGUGCUGGGCCUGCAAUCUCAACAAGCAUUUCGCCUCUUCAACUCCCAAAUCUUAAUCUUGUCGGAGGGCUUAUACCAAAGUCAGAGUCACUGGUUGAGAAGGGGGCAAGGGAGACGCUCAGACUACUCAUUGGCUCCACCCAGAAUGAAACUCAGUUCAUUGAGGAUAGUUUAUGCACUGCAUUGGUGGGGGGGAGCCGAGGUCUCUUUUAUGGCUCACGUGGCAUGGAUAUCGCAACAUCCAUAGGCUGUUUUUCGGCCAAUGGAUCAACCCAUCUCAUCAGUGACAGUUCCAUGAGCACCAUGCACCAACAGCCAGGGUUCAGUGAGAAGCUCAAUAGCAUUGAAGAGUCGAGCUCCACCAUUGAAGACAGCCUAGAGGUCUCAGGUUCACAAGAUGAAGAGGGGUCCUCUUGUUCAGAUGAAGGGGCUUAAGAGGAACUUGAUAUUCAUACACAAAUGUGUGCUAUAAUCCAAACACUAUUUUUCUCUAAUUUUCUCUCUCUAAAUUUGAUUUAAGAUGCAGGCUUUGUGAUAUGCAAUUACCCGCUUUUGUACGUGUGUUAGGGCCUGAGAGCAUUGAAGCCAUGAUCUGUUUUUUGUACAUGAAUGUAAAAACUUAGGGCAUUGAUUUAAUGAUCUGUUUUUGUACAAGUUUUU